GUGCGCUCCGUUGCGGAAUUUGAUGCGAUGUCCGGAGAAGCGACAGUGAUGCGAAUUUUGUGCAUGUUCUUCACUUGUUUCAGCUGUGCUGUUGCGCAGUUGCGGACCGGAUCUAUACGUCUCACCGGCUACGAUCAAACGCUGUCAGUACAGAAUAUCCCCAGUCGAUACACAGAACUGUGUCCGUUGCACUCGUACUUGAGGUACCUGUGUAAUAAGAAGGACGUUCCUGUUCAGCAUGGCAACGGUGAAACGCGACCUUCCGUACGGAUAUUGGAAAUGAAACGUAUUGGUAAUGAAGCAGAUAUCAUGUUCGGAAUAACGUAUUCUGAAGAGGUUGAAGCCGAAAACCCUCUGCCCACAUUGACUGAAUGUCGACUUCUGCACGAUCGAGAACAAGAUCCACAGUUGACUUCACAAAAUCGUUGGAUAAAGCCCACAGUGCAGAUGGUGCCCAAUUCAACAUAUAACUUUGGUUAUUUGUACGAUGCGACGAAAUACGACCAAUACAGCAUUGCGUUUAUUUCGCCACGAGAUACAGUUACUCAUUUACAGAUCUUGUUGGUGAAAGUUGAUUGCAAUAGUUCUGGCCAAGAACUCGUCUUGUACAUGUCUAAGAAGAAAUACAAAUUGUGCAGACCAGUUAAAGGUGACAGGAGGCUAAUCGCUGGCAAGCCAUAUGCAAUCAGGUCAAGAUUCACAAUAAUUGCUGUGCUGAAACAGGAGGACGAUGGUUUUCAGGCGUCUGUUACGACAAGGCUUACAGUAGAACGAACCGUCACUUACAACGAAUAG